UAUAUUAUUUAUAAUCAUAAUUAAUAUAUUUUGAGAAUUAAAAUUUCGCGCUUUACCGACGGGUAAUAAGUAUCUUCAUAGCUACCAUCAACGGCCGCAAAGCACAAUCGUAAGAGUGCAUAGUGGGGAGAGCGCGUGGUGGGGUUAUCUCCAUAAGUAUUGUGCAACACAGCAGAUGAGCUCAUUCAGCUCAUAGCGCAGCAGAAGGUGAACGAGAUGGAGAACCAGCGGUGCGAGUGCUACAACUGCCUGAUGCGGAUGGUGUCACAGUACAAUUUACAGCACCCAGGGCGAGAGGUACCGCUCCAACCAAUGCCCCCAAGGUACCCGUGGCACAGGCCAGAGACGCCACCACUGCAGCCGAGGUCGCCGACACCAGAGGCAACACCAACUCCUUCACCAGAGUCCAGGUCGCUGGAAGUGAGGUCUCCAACGCCUCCCAGGUACCCGUGGCACCGGCCAGAGACGCCACCACCCUAUGUGGUGCUGGGGACGCCACCUCCACCAGAGGCGCAGCGAACAGCGUCACCGCAGCCCAGGUCGCCGACGCCACCUCCACCAGAGGCGCAGCGAACAGCGUCACCGCAGCCCAGGUCGCCGACACCACCUCCACCAGAGGCGCAGCGAACAGCGUCACCAAGGGCGCCGACACCUCCGCAUGCAAAUGGAGGUCAGCGACAACGACGUCGCCGCCGUCAACGCGUCGUAAUAAAAAUUGUCAUCAAUAAUUAUAUUAAUAAUAAGUUAUAGUUCAGAUGAAUGAGAAAAUUAUAUUAAUAACAAGGUAUACAUAUACAUUUAUACACGUGUACGUUUGUAACGAAGUAUUUAAA